AUGACCGGUUCCGAUCAAUCAAUGCCAAACGUACCUCCAGGUAUCGACCCCGAGGUCCAAGCAAGAAUCGAUACACUACUCGCGCAGCAUCUGACAGCGAACAGUAAUAGCAAUAUUGCUGGGGAAAUUAGGAAUAAUGGUGGUAUUGGUUCAUGUGUUGGCGUCUCAACCACAGCGCUAACGGACAUCCUUGAUGGUCAUACCAACAAUUCCACGGAAUCACCAACUAGCCAACCUAUUGUAAACGUGUUUCAGCCGAGGGUCAAGAUAGACAAAGACAACGAUGCAGGCAUUCGGUAUGAAGGUGUGCCCCGAGCUGGACCGCCACUCUCACCUCAACAUGCCGUCCUACACCUCAGUGACAGAUCCGAAGCCAGUCGAAGCAAUACACCACCAUAUCAAGUCGUUACGGGUGCUUUUCCGCUUACACAAUCUAUUUCUGUCCUACCGCUACCGCCUCCUAACACUUCACCACCGCAGGCCACUCUUUUCAAGCGAACCAUAUCCUACAUCGGCAACUAUUUUUCCGCCUCACCUGAGAUCAUCGAGUACUCUGACGCAGAGAUCAAAACGAAAACUCAAGUCUGUGUCAAGGCGCAAAAACGGUUUGUGUCGAAUGUACCAACCCAGGACCUGGUUGUCAAGGUUGCAGCUGUUCUCAUUGAGAUGAGCCCGACUGGUGCGAAUUCGGGAGACUAUGGACUUGUAGAAAGACCUGUAGAGAUUCUGGCGAAGCACAAGCGCGUCAGGGAGAUCAAGAGAGGAUUAGGAUGCUUUGUUGUGGAGGAUGUAUAUAGGAAGGAGAUCAGAGUCGCUUUGGCGAGGUUGAACAGAUAG